UCCAUAAAAAAAACAAGAAAAACACUUUCAACCAAACAAUACCAAACAAUCACAAAAUCGCCUUCUUCUUCCUCUUUCUCGAUUUUCCAUUUUUGUUUUUUGGUGUUUUGAUUUUGGAAUCAGCAACAAGCAAUCACCGAUCAUGUCCUCGGCAAUCUCUCAGCUUUCUUCCUUCUCUUCAAUCAGUCGCAGACUACAUCUACACACUCGGCCAUGCCCCACUUUUCGUUCCAAGGUACCGGUUGUCAUGAACAGUGAUGGAAGUGGCACAGGGAUAUCGGGUUCACAGACUAAGACCAAUCUGAGUUAUACUGCAGAUGCUUCAAGAUCACAUAUUGAGGGGUCAGCAAGGUCCCAUGCAACUACAUCAGAAAAUGACAAUGGAAAAGGGAUGAAUGAGCCAGUACAAGGACAUGCUGUCACCCAACAGAUAAGGGCAGCAAAGAUCCAUGAUUUUUGUCUUGGCAUUCCAUUUGGUGGGCUUUUUUUAAGUGGGGGGCUUAUUGGUUUUAUAUUUACAAGAAAUCCUACUACUUUACGCACUGAUGCACUCUUUGGAGCUGCGUUGCUAUCCCUCAGCACCUUAAGCUUAAAGGUCUGGAGACAAGGAAAAUCUAGCUUCCCAUUCAUACUAGGACAAGCAGUAAUUGCUGUGGCACUUCUUUGGAAGAACUUUCAGGCCUACUCUAUGACAAAGAAACUGUUCCCAACAGGCUUUUAUGCUGCCAUUAGUGCUGCAAUGCUAUGCUUCUAUUCCUAUGUGGUUUUGUCGGGAGGAAACCCACCACCAAAAAAGUUGAAAUCAUCUGCCGUUGCCCCAUCAUAAUCAGAACCAACGAAGCUCAUAUCAGAUUUGAGGUUUACAGUUUUUUUUUUUUUUUUUUUUUUUGGGCUUGUGGCUUUCAAGUGAAUGUGAAGGUUGUUUUGUUUGUUUGACAUGAAGACUUGGUCAGUCAUGAGAAGAGGGGAAGUGUAAUCAUAGAACCAGGUUCUAAUUUGUAGGUUGCUUAAUGCUGUGUUUGGUUGGGGUUUUUGGGGGUGGAAUUUGGAAAAGGAAUGAGAAAUGUAAUCCUAUUUAUGUUUGGUUAUAAUAAAAAAUAUAUGGGAAAAGAAA